UUGUAACUUGAUUAAAACGCAAACAUCAUCACCGCCACAACUACGCAGAUUGUCCUCUCUCUGUAAGUGUAUUUCCCUUCUCCACACUCACUGGCGACCGGUUAUUCUUGUAUCUGCAGGUGUCUUCACUGCGGAGGCGUUGUUGCUUGUGCUUGUGCUUGUUCUGGAGGAUAAACUUCAAGAAUGUUCUUAACUUCUGUUGAAUUUUCAUUUUCAAGCCAGCCAAAUGCUCACUAACUCGUCCUCAGAUCCAAGAAUUUGAAGUUGAGUUGUCUCGUUUUUGGUGCUAGUUUCUUCUUUCGACGGAGCUUUUUCGAUCUUGAAACCGUUCAUAAGCAUGUUGCUUGUGCUUUUGCUUAUUCUGGAGGAUAAACUUCAAGAAUGUUCUUAACUUGUGUUGAGUUUUCACUUCAAGCCACCCAUACACUCCCUAGCUCGUCUUCAGAUUCAAGAAUUUGAAGUUGUGUUGUCUCGUUUUCGGCGCUAGUUUGUUCUUUCGAAGAAGCUUUUUUCGAGGAGACAAGUGAUAAUCCCGCGAAAAAGGGAAAUCGAAGUUUGUUGGGAGAUAUAGAUGGCGACGAUCGGAGAUAUAGGGGUUUCAGCAGCACUUAAUAUUCUUAGUGCCUUCAUUUUCUUAAUAGCAUUUGCAAUAUUAAGAAUUCAACCGUUCAAUGAUAGGGUAUACUUUCCCAAAUGGUACCUUAAAGGUUUAAGAGAAAGUCCAACCCACGGGGGCGCAAUUGUGCGGAAGUUUGUGAAUUUGGAUAUUAGAUCAUAUAUAAGGUUCUUGAAUUGGAUGCCGGAUGCAUUGAAGAUGCCUGAACCUGAGCUCAUUGAGCAUGCUGGAUUGGAUUCAGCUGUCUACUUGAGGAUUUACUUGGUGGGACUUAAGAUAUUUGUUCCUAUUGCAUUGCUUGCUUGGGCUGUUUUGGUGCCAGUCAAUUUUACAAACAGCACAUUAGAUGCAGCAGCUGAGCUAUCACAUGUGACUGCAAGCGAUAUUGAUAAGCUUUCAAUAUCAAAUAUCCCGCAAAAAUCACCCAGGUUUUGGGCUCAUAUUGUGAUGGCUUAUGUCUUUACCUUUUGGACAUGCUAUGUGUUGAUGAAGGAGUAUGAAAAAGUUGCUAACAUGCGGUUGCAGUUUCUUGCAGCAGAAAAACGUCGACCCGAUCAAUUUACAGUCCUUGUUAGGAAUGUUCCCCCAGACCCAGACGAAUCUGUUAGUGAGCUUGUGGAGCAUUUCUUUUUGGUGAAUCACCCAGAUCACUACCUAACACAUCAGGUGGUAAUCAAUGCAAACAAACUUACCAAAUUGGUGCAGAAGAAGAAAAGGAUGCAGAAUUGGCUUGACUACUACCAAAAUAAAUUUUCUAGAAAUAAUUCAAAGAGGCCGGUUAUGAAGACUGGUUUUCUCAGAAUUUGUGGAGAAAAAGUGGAUGCAAUUGAUUAUUACUUAUCUGAAAUUGAAAAAUUGACAACUGAAAUAGCUGAAGAGAGAAAAAGGGUUGUUAGUGAUCCCAAGUGUAUAAUGCCAGCAGCAUUUGUUUCCUUUAAAACUAGAUGGGGUGCUGCUGUGUGUGCACAAACUCAACAAACCCGAGAUCCAACUAUAUGGUUGACAGGGUGGGCCUCUGAACCGCGUGAUGUCUAUUGGGAAAACCUGGCAAUUCCAUAUGUUUCACUCAGUGUUAGAAGGCUGAUUAGUGGUGUUGCAUUCUUUUUCCUCACCUUCUUUUUCAUGAUCCCCAUUGCAUUUGUACAAACUCUUGCAAGCCUUGAGGGAAUUGAACAAGCAGCACCAUUUCUGAAACCCAUAGUUGAAGCCGGAUUUAUUAAAUCAGUCAUCCAAGGUUUUCUUCCUGGUAUCGUAUUGAAGCUUUUUCUCAUCUUUCUGCCAACGAUACUGAUGAUUAUGUCUAAAUUUGAAGGCUUUGUUUCUCUAUCUUCUCUAGAAAGAAGAUCAGCUACUAGAUAUUAUCUUUUCAAUUUUGUGAAUGUUUUCCUUGGGAGCAUAAUAACCGGAUCUGCAUUUGAGCAGCUGAAUUCUUUUAUAAAGCAGUCAGCAAACGAAAUUCCCAAGACAAUUGGAGUUGCUAUCCCAAUGAAAGCAACUUUCUUCAUAACUUAUAUAAUGGUUGAUGGAUGGGCUGGUAUAGCUGGCGAGAUUUUAAUGUUGAAACCACUGAUAAUCUACCAUUUGAAGAAUUUCUUCUUGGUGAAGACUGAAAAGGAUCGAGAGGAGGCAAUGGAUCCAGGAAGUCUUGGCUUCAAUACUGGAGAACCUCAGAUACAGUUUUAUUUUCUACUAGGCCUUGUCUAUGCCACAGUGACUCCUCUUUUGCUCCCUUUCAUAAUUGUGUUCUUUGCACUGGCCUAUACUGUUUUCCGUCAUCAGAUCAUAAAUGUUUACAACCAAGAGUAUGAGAGCGGUGCAGCGUUCUGGCCUGAUGUCCAUAAACGAGUCAUAGCUGCAUUGGUUAUAUCACAGUUGCUUCUUCUGGGAUUGUUGAGUACAAAGCAAGCUGCUCAAUCAGGACCAUUUCUCAUUGCUCUUCCUGUACUUACGAUAUGGUUUCAUAGGUUCUGCACAGGCCGUUAUGAAUCUGCAUUUGUUAAAUUUCCAUUACAGGAAGCAAUGAUGAAAGACACUUUAGAACGGGCACGGGAACCGAACAUUAACUUGAAAGGUUAUCUUAAAAAUGCAUACAUCCAUCCUGUCUUCAAAACUGACGACGAUGAUGAAGAUGAAAAUGAUAUGCUCUUUUGGAACGGGGAAAAGGAAAACGUGUUAGUCCUUACAAAACGUCUAUCUCGAAGAAACACACCAGUGCCCAGCAAAAUUAGUGGUGCAUCCUCACCAUCUUCCUCUUUGCCUGACAGUGUAUGUGAAAACUAAGAGCGCUGAUUCUGUUUUAGACAACAUUGUAAUUAGACCAAGAAAUGUGAGUAUAGUUUCUUGUAUAGAGAGAGUGAAAGAAGAGAAGAGUGAAGCUGCCAGUUGAACUCGGGUUUCCACUUUCAAGCAAGAAGAUAAUUAUUAGAAAAAAGUAGCGAAUUGUGUACGGAAUCUAAAUCGCUUAAAAUGGAAGCAAAGAAAACAAGAAAGUGAAUGACCGUAUUCCAUUUAUUUGGCUGGAGACAGGUUGUGGGACUCCCGAAACCAAAUGAAAGCAAAAUCAAGUGUGAUUGUACAAGUUGUUAUCAAAAGGCAAAUGCUGUUGAAUUCUAGA